CCCCUGACCCUCUGUCUGGACAGUGCUGAUAGGUCCUGUGCUUAUCACGUGCACUCUCCCAUGAAAAAAAACAACAACCUCUCUAGCAAUACACACCAAACUGAGCAUGUGCACAUUGUCUCCACAAGAUAAGUCUUAUCAGGAGAGGAGGGUGACACAGGAAGAAGAGGAUCAGAGAAGACAGGAUCAAACAGCAUUUUUACACAAUUCAGCGGAUUACCUCCUUAGGUUCCACAGUGAGUAUAUCAAGGAUGCUUUACUGCAUAUAACAUACUGAUUUUACUGUUGUGGGUUUAGUAACACUU